UCAGUUGGCUACACAACACUGUUUGGACUGAACAUCGACAGAAGUGAUUACAACCAAGCAUGGCUGGCAAGUUCGAUUCUGGAAGGACAAAUGAUGAUGAGGUGAGGAUUGUGAUGGUGGGGAAGACUGGAACUGGGAAGAGUGCUACUGGAAACACCAUUCUGGGUCGUGGGUGCUUUGAAUCCAAGUUCAGUGCCAAAUCUAUGACUGUAGAAACUUCCAAAGGAAAAGCUUCAGUGGAUGGACAUCGCGUUUCUGUCAUUGACACCCCGGGGCUGUUUGAUACCAGGGUUGAUGAAGAGGAAACUCAGAAAAAUAUAUGCCAGUGCAUCUCCUAUGCUUCUCCAGGACCCCAUAUCUUCUUGGUGGUCAUCAAACUGGGCAGAUACACUGAAGAGGAAAAACAGACGGUGCAAAAGAUUCAAAAAAUCUUUGGCACUGAUGCAGACAAAUACAGCAUGGUUCUCUUUACCAAUGGGGACGAACUUAAAGGAACCAUUGAAAAGUUCUUAGAAGAAAGCUCAGACCUGCAGGAACUCGUGGCCAGAUGUAACGGUCAGUACCACGUCUUCAACAAUAAACUGAAGGAGCGCUCUCAGGUCACUGAGCUGCUCCAGAAGAUCAGAGAGAUAGUCCAGAAGAACGGAGGAAGCCACUACACCAACGAGAUGUUCCAAGAGGCUGAGAGGGCGAUUCAAGAGGAGAAAGAACGCAUCCUGAAAGAGAAAGAAGAAGAAAUACAGAAAGAAAAAGAGAAAAUGGAGAGAGAAAUACGGGAAAGAUAUGAGAAAGAGAUGCAGAAAUACAAUGAAAAACUCCAGGCUGAGAGAGCGAGGGAGAGGAAGGAGAGAGAGGAGGAGAGGAAGAGGGAGAGAGAGGAGAUGAAUGAGGAGAGAAAGAGAGAGAUGGAGGAGAGAGAGGCAGAGAGGAAGAAAGAGAGAGAGGAGAGAGAACAGGAGAUGAAGAAGUUAAAGGAGAAGUGUGAGAGAGAACUGGAGGAAGAAAGAUGCAAGAUUCAGUCCAGAUAUGAAAAUGAAGCCAGAGAUGAAGCUGAGGAGUUUAAUCCAUUAUCUUUUCUGGCUGAAGGAAUUAAAACACUUGGGAACGUGUUAAAAUCUUGGCUUCAAUUGUAAAUUUUGACUCAUGCAUUGAAUGACAGUCAGGAUCUUUUCAUAUAGAAACUCAUGACUGCCGCUCUGUAUCAUCGCACCAUUGUUUUAAACUUUUUCUUAGAGUUCCCCUGCAUGUCUGGACUCCCUAACAUGAUGUUACAGAUAGCAACAAGUUCAAAAGUCGUAAUA